AUGGCAGAUUCUCACAACUAUCAUCAGCCCUUCGACCCAGAUGCGGCCUCCGAUGACGAUCUCAACUUAGACGAGCUCGAUCCCGUCAAUGGAGGCGCCACUGUCCCGGGGAGCCGCAGUCAAUACUCGGGCGAUGGACGUGCUGUACCUCUGCAAGAUCUAGCCGACUCAGGCCGAUUCUGGAAGACAAAGCGGUCCAGGCGCCAUUUCAGAGACGGCGAGGACGAGGAGAAUCUCCUUGGCGGCUGGAACCUACGCAGCGAAGGGCAGACCGAGGACCGUGGAUGGAACGUGAGGCGACAGCGCCGGAAAGAUGUCCAAGGCACGGGAGAAUCAGCCAACAAUUCCCAUCAGACACACAGUCGAGCCCACAGCUUUCGGCAAAGCAUCUCAUUGCCCGAGAUAGCCCGGCAAGCAUUGGCCGAUGAAGGCGAUAUAGCACAGGCAACUAACGACCAGCCUCGAGAGAUCGCCGUGGCGCGGCCGCAGAAGAAGAAGUUUCCAGCAAAUGUCGUAUCAAACGCCAAAUACACCGCCUGGUCCUUCCUUCCAGUCACCCUGUAUAACGAAUUUCGCUUCUUUCUUAACGUCUAUUUCUUACUAGUGGCACUAUCUCAAAUACUACCCUUCUUGCGCAUUGGCUAUAUGUCAACAUAUAUUGUGCCCCUGGCUUGCGUUCUGGCCAUAUCCAUCGGAAAAGAGGCAUUCGACGACGUCGGUCGAAGACGAAGAGACGCUGAGGCCAAUGCCGAGCCAUUCACUGUCUUGUUACUGGGCUCUCAAGCGGGUCGGAGAUCUGCUGCAGGAGCCCCGGAGAUUCAAAAGAGAUCAAGAGAUAUUCGAGUAGGUGACAUCCUGAAGCUGGAAAAGAACCAACGUGUACCGGCGGACGUGGUAAUUCUACAGAGCAUCACCGGUGACGGGAGCAUGAUCAACGACCCAUCAGCAUCAGCAGCCAGCGAGGCCUUCAUACGCACCGAUCAGCUUGACGGCGAGACCGACUGGAAGCUGAGGUUACCUUGUCCUCUGACACAGGGUCUGAAGGUCGACGACUUCACGAAGCUCCGGAUAUCAGCAGGAGCCCCUGACCGGGACGUCAACUCCUUCGCUGGCAAAGUCGACUUUGUCGAUCCAACAUCCCAGCAAUACGAUCCGCAUCUGUCCCUCAGCGACGCCAGUGACGUAUCACAUCCAGACGACGUUACUUCCAAGGCGCCUCCAUCUGCACCACUGACAAUCGACAACACUGCUUGGUGCAAUACAGUCAUCGCCUCCAACACUACAGUGUAUGCCGCGGUCAUCUACACGGGUAAACAGACGCGUUCUGCCCUGUCUACAUCACCCUCCAGAUCGAAGACCGGACUGUUGGAGCUCGAGAUCAAUAACCUCACAAAGAUUCUCUGCAUCAUGACCCUCACGCUGUCUAUAGUAUUGGUCGCUCUGGAGGGUUUCGAGCCAUCCAAUAAGAAACCAUGGUAUAUUGCUAUCACAAUCUACCUGAUCCUUUUCUCGACUAUCAUUCCAAUCAGCCUGCGAGUCAAUCUAGAUAUGGGCAAGACAGUGUAUUCAUACUACAUCGAGCGAGACCGGGACAUACCAGACACUGUAGUCCGAACGAGCACGAUCCCAGAGGACCUGGGCCGCAUCGAGUACCUGUUGUCAGACAAGACAGGGACCUUGACGCAGAACGAGAUGUUGCUGAAGAAGAUCCACAUUGGCACCGGGGCUUACGGCGGUGAGGCUAUGGACGAAGUACAAGGCUACAUCAACGAAGCCUUCGGUGGUCCAGACUCGCACGGGGAGAUGAAUGGCAAUACGGACAAAAAUCGGCGAAGAAACAUAGGUGUGAGAGUGCGAGACCUCGUCAUCGCCCUUGCUUUGUGCCACAAUGUCACGCCGACGAAAGACGAGGUGGACGGCAAUGAGACCAUAUCAUACCAGGCCUCUUCGCCUGACGAAAUUGCCAUUGUCGAAUUCACCGAGAGCGUAGGCCUUCGCUUGUUUCACAGAGACCGGCAAAGCAUAUCGGUGCAGUCAGUACAGACCGGAAACAUCGUCCUCAAAGCAGUCAUCAGAGACAUCUUCCCCUUCACAUCCGACAGCAAGCGCAUGGGCAUCAUUGUUGACUUGACGACAAUAUCUACAGAUGGCGAGACUACGGAACUGUGUUCUACCAGAAAGGCGCAGACACGGUAA